GCCAAAUCUCGCCCGUAGCAAAAAGAGAAAAAACUCGCAUUUGUAAACAAACCGAAAACUCCAGAGACCACGCCUCUUCUUGCCCUGGAAGCUAACAAGCAAACAUGACUUCCAAAGCUGAAAUCAUCGAAGAGCGCAAGGCGAACCUUCCUCUGCCAGACCAGCCUCCACAAGCAUCCGACUGGCAGAGCGCCGAUGCACGAACCGUCAACGUCGGCUCCGGCGGCGUACAAGGAGACGUAUCAGCGGGAGGGGGCAGCGACAGCCUGCGUGGGCCAGCAACGGGGGAUUCCGCUGCGCGGAUCGACGGGUCGGAGUGGGGCACACACACAUCUGACCUCAACGUAGGACGGACGGCGAAGGACGGGUUGAGCGGAUUGCCAAACGACGCAGUGACCCGCGACAAGAAAAACGCAGCGGGCCUGGAGGAUACAACGGGCGCGGAUUACGGAUAUCCGCAGAAGAGUGACCCGUCGUCCGGCGUGAAAUAGAGAGGGGGAUUCCCUCUGUCUCGGGCGAAAGACCUGUCUUAAGACGCGGCGGUCUUGGGUAGACCAUCUCUAUUCGACCCACGCUCUGAAGUAAUCUUGUAGAUAAGUAGCAUGAGAUUACGAAUAAUUGAAAAUAUAUCCAAUGUCUGGGGUUGGGGGGGAAGAAAUUACCUGCUAAGAUCGAAUCGUUCGUGUAGAUAACUUUUGUGCUUGAAUUGGAAUUUGCGUAUUUAC